CUUUCAGUUUGUGCAAUUUGUUCCAAAUAAGCCGGAUUUAACAAUGGCGGCCAAUCCGUCAUGGGUCGCUGUUAACUGUCAAUUAAGAAAGGAAAUUUUAAAAUAGUAGCAGAUCAGAAGUGUUUUCAUUAUAAAAAUGGCUGCAAAAGAGCCUAAUAACAUCGAUGAUGGUAUUGCCGAACCAGGUAUCGAACCUGGUGCUUCUGCGGAAACAAUGCUUGUUACUACCGAUAGUUUUGAAGAAUAUGAGCAAGAGAUGAGCAAUAGCAUUGAUGAUAGACAAAUGAAAGAAAGCACAACGAGUACUAUUUCAGAGAUACAAGAAGAUGUUCAAGACAUUCCAAUUACACCUACUGCAUCUAAUUCACAAGAACUUCAAAAAACAACUUCAUUCGAUGAUUCCGAAUUAGAGGAUGUUACACAUCGAUUAGGUCAAAGUAAUAUUGAUUCAGAUCCUUUACGUUGUAGAACAUGGUUAGCACAAAAAAAACAUGUAUUUAUUUUAAGCCAAGCAGGAAAACCCAUAUAUUCUAGAUAUAGUUCAGAAGAUAAACUAGUCACAGUUAUGGGUGUUAUGCAAGCUCUGGUUUCAUUUGUUCAAGCAGGCAGUGAUAUGAUUAGAUCUGUUCAUGCAGGAGAUACUAAUUUUGUAUUUGUUGUAAAAGGUCCAUUAAUUCUAGUUGCAGUGUCAAAAACACUUGAAACUGUACCUCAACUUACAUUACAAUUAACAUAUGUAUAUAACCAAAUAAUUUCUGUGUUAACCCAGUCACAAUUAACUAGAGUAUAUGAACAACGUAGAAAUUUUGAUUUAAGAAGAUUAUUAACUGGUAGUGAAAGACUGAUAGAUCAUUUAUUAAAUUUUAUGGACAGAGAACCUGCAUUCUUUUUAGGAGCUAUUAAAUGUUUGCCUUUAUUACCAUCCAUGAGAAGUUCUAUUACACAAACUAUUAUUCAAACAUGUGGUAAAAUCAAGAAUUUAGUAUUUGCAAUACUUCUAGCUAAUAAUCAAUUAGUAACAUUAGUUAGAAUGAACAAAUUUUUUUUACAUCCUGUGGAUUUACAUAUAAUACAAAACUUAGUUGAUAGUUCAGAGUCACUUAAGACUGCUGAAAGUUGGACACCAAUAUGUCUACCAAAGUUUGAUGCCAAUGGUUAUAUGCAUGGACAUGUAUCAUAUUUGGCUGAGGACUGUCAGGCAUGCUUAUUGUUACUUACAGUUGAUAGAGAUGUCUUUUUUAUUCUUUCUGAAGCAAAACAAAAAAUUGUAGAAAAAUUAAGGAGAACAAAUUGCUUAGAAGCAAUUAACGAAUCUAUGAAUAAACCAUCAAUUAAAACUGCUGAUAUUGGAUUGCCAGAAAUGCGACAUGUUUUAUAUAAAUGUAGAAGCACAGCACAGUUUUGGAGUCCUGGAUUUCAACCUCCAUAUACAACAGAUGAAGAAAUAGAACGUUUGUUAGGGCUUUAUCAAUGUUUACAUCACAGAUUACACAGCCCAAAUCGACCAUUAAAACUUAUAUUCCAACAAUUAGAUAAAGAGACUAUGUUAGCAUGGGUAACAUUAGGUUUUGAAUUAUAUGUUACAUUUGAACCACUUGUAACAAAACCUGAUGCAAUUGAGGCAGUGAGUAAAUUGUUAAAAUGGAUAAAAAAAGAAGAAGAAAGAUUAUUUAUUUUAAAUUCACCCACAUUUUAAAUACUGAUGUAAUAAAUUUUAAAAAAUUAUAAAAAUGUAUAUUUGGGGGGACAUAAUUUAAUUUAAAAUGACGUGAAAUGCAUUAAUUAUUUAUAUUAAUCUAAUUAUAAAUUGCUAAAAAAAAUUAUUAUUCACGAUAAAUGCAUUCACGUUUCUCUUACAUAAUACUUGAUACUAUACUUUGCUCACCAUUUUUUAUUAUAAAAAGUACUAUUAUAAGUACACAUGUGAAAAUGUAUAUAUUUAAAAGCAUUACGCAUGUAAUGUUGAUUACAUUUAUAGACAGGCUAUGACAUUUUCAAUUUAUUUUAUUACAUGGUGCUUGAGAAAACUUAUCAUUGCAUUGUUAAAAAAAGAUUAUUUAAAAUACAAUAUCUUUUUAUAUCAUUUAAAAUAAUAUAAAUUUUACAAAUUAUAAAAUAAUUUGUUUUUAACAAUGAAAGUGAUAAAUUUCCUCUAAAGUUUUGUAAAUAAACGUAAAAAUAGCCAUUAUUUCAUGAUAUUAAAUCGAAAGUAAUGAUUCCAAAUAGAAUAAAUAGAAUGACAUUAAAAAAAAAAAAAAAAAA